AUGCUGGCCUUGUCACAUGGCAAUGCCGACGUCGAGCGUGGUUUUUCGGAAAAUGCUCAUCUCGUCACCGACGAACGGGCGUCAUUGAGCGUAGUGUCUAUCAGCGGAUUGCGCGCCACAAAAGAUGCCGUCAAAUUUCACGGCGAUGGAGCAGUACAGAAUGUGGCGAUCACAAAAGCACUUUUGUCGAGCGUGAAGCAAGCGCACGAACGUUUUAAAAUCGACAAUGAGCGGCAGCAACAGAUGCUCAAGGACAAGGAAUUAUCAGAGCAGGCAUUGGCAGCGGCCAAGAAUGAUGAAGUUCUUCUCAUCGAGAAGGAGUGCAAGCUGCUUGACGAACAAAAGGGCCUCAGAAAAGAACUAGAGUCGGCGACAAAUAUGCUCGACGAAGACAGUGAACAACUAACGGCUGCAAUUGCCGAAAAGAACUUCAGUGAGGUGGAAACGGAGUAG